AUGAUCUUCCUAAUGGACAUGCAGAUGAUGCUUCUGGAUAUGAUUUACUUUAUCCUGCGAAACUCUGUCCGUGUUGUGCUGCGGCCUCGCACUAAGCCUAUCGAUGGGGAACUGGUGCUGAUCACUGGAGCAGGAGGAGGUCUGGGCCGCCUCUUCGCUCAGGAGUUCUGCAAACAGGGAGCAGAGGUAGUUCUGUGGGAUGUCAACAGCAGUGCAAACGAGCAGACGGCCAAGCUGGUGCGGGAGCUGGGAGGGCAGGCACACACUUACUCUGUGGACGUGACCAACAGAGAUGAUGUGUAUCAAAACGCAGACAAGGUGAGGAGGGACCUGGGCAGAGACGUGUCCAUCCUGGUCAACAACGCUGGAGUGGUGGCAGGAAAGCGCAUGCUGGAAUGCCCUGACGAGCUGUUGGAGAGAACACUGAAGGUCAACUGCCACGCCCUGUUCUGGACUGUCAAAGCCUUCCUACCUCAGAUGAAAGCGCAGGACCAUGGGCACAUUGUGACCAUUGCCAGUGUGCUUGGCCUCUUCAGCACUGCCUGUGUCGAGGAUUACUGUGCCAGUAAGUUUGCAGCUGUGGGAUUCCAUGAGUCUUUGGCCCAUGAGCUUUUGGCUGAGCAGGUGGAAGGCGUGAAGACAACUCUGGUGUGUCCUUACAUUGUGGACACAGGCAUGUUCGAAGGAUGCAAAAUAAGGACCGAAGUGGAACUCUUCCUUGCUCCUCUGGACCCGCAGUACUGUGUUGAGCAGGCGAUGAACGCCAUCCUCAUUGAUCAGCCACUGGUGUGCAUCCCCCGCCUCACAUAUCUGCCUGUCCUCUUCAGAGCGUUGUUGCCAUGGGAGUCCAAUGUGAUUGCAUACAGGUUCAUGGGGUCAGACAAGUGCAUGUAUCCCUUCAUUGAUUCUAUGAAACCAAAGCUGGAGUCUGCUCCCACCAUUGAAGUGGCAUAA